CCAGCACCAAGCUGAGCAAGACAGGUGCUUAAUCGUGGCCAGAGGGGUUCAAGUCGAAUGUCUGUGCGGGAGCAAUGGUAGCGCACGUGUUUUACAUCAAAGUUGCCGUUAUUGCACCUUUUCAGGCCGCGCAACAUUUUGCAGUGUUCCGAGUAGUUUCUCUCCCCGCUGAGCUCUGCUCUGCGCCGCCGCACCAAUAACUCUUGCUUUAUCACAACGUAUAUUCGCGCCUUAUUACUCCCAUAAAGUUCCGGCCAACUCAUCAACAUGUCCGACUCGAAAGUAUUACACCUCAUCAUCCGUCGCAUUGCAGACUGGUCUAUCUGGUCGUUCUUCACAGAAGUACGUGUGAUUGGAGGCGAGCACGUUCCAUUGGAUGGACCGAUCAUCGUCACCGCCACUCACCAUAACAUGAUGAUUGAUCCUGCUAUCCUUUCGUCCAGCUUCCCGCAUCGUCGUGUUCUACACUACUGGAGUAAAGCAUCACUUUUUGCGAACCCAGUCCUAUCUUGGGUACUUCACUCGUCUGGCAAUAUUCCUGUAGACCGGAAGUCUAAGAACCGGCAAGAUUUAUUCCGAGGAACUAUUGAAGCCCUUGCGCGGGGAGAUGCGGUUGCGCUUUUCCCUGAGGGCACAUCUUACACUGAGCCGAGGAUCAUGCAAGUAAAAGAUGGUGCUGCCUGGGCUGCACUAGAAUACGCUAAAUGGGCGGCGGAGAACGGCGUGAGUGGUCCCGGAGUCCGGAUCAUUCCCGCCGCUAUCGUGUAUACGAAUAAGUCGAAGUACCGAAGCAGUGUCAUCGUGAAGUUUGGUGAACCAAUUUCAAUGGAUGAGUACAAGGAACAGUUCUUUUCGGAUUUAGAGGGGGCGCCGCGCGCAGCGGCAAAGCGCCUCACGCGUACAAUCGAGAGGGAGCUGGUUGAGGCAACCAUCAAUGCUCCUGACUGUGCUCGAAUGGCAAGGGAUCUUCUCUGGGAAGAUGAGCGUUCGAUCGAUCUUGAAGAAUUUGUCACGAUUUCACAGACUCUCGUUGAUCUUUUUUCCACACCGGACGCUGUUCCAAACUUCUCGACUGUUCGGCGCCAUCUUUUGGGUUAUUAUUCACUUCUUCAAUCUACGAAUCUUACGAACUCCGUCUUGUCGUCACUUCCACUUCCGCCAAUGCUAUCUCCAUCUCAUCCCACCCCCCUUCCGUCACGUUUGUUAACGCUCUCUGUCCUUGUUCGCGACACGCUUGCUGCCCUCACUCGCCUUCCUUUCUUCCUCAUCCCGCUUCUACUUCACACACCGGUAUAUGUCAUGGGUCGGAUUGGAGCUGGUUUAGUCCAGCACGAAGAAGAGACUCAGGCACAGAACAAAGCCGUUUUUGGCUUGUUAUCGUGCAUGAUGAUUUACCCUGCUACGUUCUGGGCACUCUGGGCGCUGCUCUGGUACACAGGCACUGGUGCUCUUGUGGCAGCGUUCACAGUCUGGGCGUUUGCAUAUUAUCACAAUAGAUUAAUCAAUGAUAUCUAUAUGAAUCUCAAGCGUGUGAUUGCAGCAUGGCGCGUUCUCGUUGGCGUAUGGGCGCCUAGGCGAUGGGAGCUUUCUAUGUCUGCACUGUCUCAAUAUACAACCCCGCUAGUACCCCCUGAGAAUCCUUGGAUCGAUAAGAAUCGUUCAAAUUCCUCUACUCCAGGCACAUCAUCAAUACACUCAUCCUUACCAACACAGUUUACCGAUGAGCCGCCUGUCAAGAUUGCACCCCGCCGGAGGCCUUCGUCAAGAAGAAUCAUGAGGCAUUUACUUCGGGCACGUGGAGAGGCUGUGAAGGCUCUUGCUGAGUUUUUGACGACCUUGGAGGCAAGCGGGGAUGGGAAGAACGUGGUCGCGAGCAUCCACUUGGCAAAGAGGUUCGGCUGGGUUGAAGAAAAUUCACCGACCUCUUCGACAGAUGAUGAUGAGAAGGAUGACGACGCAGUAUCUAACGCCAAGGGAUACAGGCGAGCACGCGAGGUGAUUGCAUUCCUUCGUGCUCGUGGUGCGAAGAUCGCAACGUUGGAUAGGAAGAUCGAGGGAGAUUGGGCACUCACUAGUGACGAAGACGGUACGGCAUGUGAAAGUGAGAAAGAUGAGGAAGACCUGGUAUGGGUGCCAAGUAGCACGAGUCUCAAGCAGGAAGACGAUUAACCUCGUCCGUAUACCAGAGUGAUUGCAGGAUGUGUACCUAUGGACUUCAAACUUAUUCAAGGGUGACUUUGCCUCGCGUUAAUUUGGCUGUCAACAGGUUGCAUUCUUGUCAGAAGUUAUCACCUUCAUUACUGGACUGCGUAUUGAUGUCCCCGUCCCAAGUGCUUUCGGGGAAGGUAUACACAGACGACGAGCAGC